AUGGAAUCGAAUGUUUUGGGCGGAAAGGAGAUCAAAGGCCGGAGCCGUGGUGGGGCACUGACUGUCAAAGACCACUGCAAGGCUCAGUGCUCAAGGCUCAUUUCGCAGGUUCAGGGACGGAUGGACAAGUCAUCAUUGAAAUCAUUCAUGGGUCAUGCUGCAGCUGCAAGGACCAAUCUCAAAAAGCGCCAGUGCACGGUCCAUAUGUGCCGGCCUAUGGUAAAGACUGAGAGACCCGACAUCACCAUCCUCUUCCUCCUUCUUCUCUGUCUGCCUCUGUCUGCCACCCUCGUCCUUCCACACCGUCUGAGUGUUGCCUUUCUUGAAUGUCUGCUUUGGGUGGCGCAUCGCUCGUCGCUCUUUCCCUCCGACCCUCUGCCCAAUGUUGUUCUUCCCGACUCUCUCAUCACCCCGAUUACGUGCCACCACAAGCCUUGGACCCGACGACGCCGCUGCCGCUGUCCCGAUCCCACCACCAUUGUCGCCCUCACCCUUUGGAUUCCGACGACCUCACCUCCCAAGUUAUGGAUCGCGCGCACCUUCAGGGACUGGUCUUGA